AUGACCAAUCCAUUGCGAAAUGUUCGUGAAUAUCUAUGGAAAUUGAAUUUGUUCGAAGUCGAACUCCAUGACGAACAAAACAAGAGAACUGAGAUUUUCUCAACUAGAAUUUAUCUGCCUACUCUUCUUCUCACAUUAUCACUAUAUAUUCUAUAUUUAUCAUUAUCAUCUACCACAACUGUUCUUAUAAUGCGUAAACCAACUCAAAAGGAAUUUGAACAAUUACAACUGAAAUAUUCACCGAAUCUAAACUGUCCGUGUCAAUAUUUAUCGAUUCCGUAUAAAGAAUUUCUUAACAUUAAAGUAGAAUAUUAUGAAAUUUGUUCAUCUGAUUUUGUGACUCAGCAAUGGAUUGAUUACCUGUUUGAUGAUAUUGCUAGUUAUUUGCAUCCACUUGAUUUUCGUCGUAGUGCACCAUUUAAGUUUCAACUUCUUCGAACAUUAUGUCAACAAUCACAACAAGUUAUUGAGAAUAAUCUGAACGAAUUUUAUUCUAAUCAUUUGAUUUCCAAAGAGCCAAUUUUGGUAGAAGAAUUUCUUAAUCAAGUCAACAAUACCGUUGAAUUAUUUCAACGAAGAACAAUUUCCUUAUUUGAAAAUCUCAUCAAACUAAUUCAACAAAUAAUCAGUGCCAAUGAGUUAUUAUCAGCAAUUGAAACGCGUUUUGUAAGAAAACCUAAAAAAAAUUCUACCUCUUUUCAACGUAUCUGUUAUGACGAUACAACAAAUGGGCCAAUCUAUUUAGAGUGUCAUAAUAAUGAAGACAACAUUGUGUUAUCCGAAGGUAUCUACCUAGAUAUAAUUGAAUAUAAUUAUUCUGAAUGUCAUUCGCUAAAAAAUGGCAAAAAGAAAUUAAAUUCACAUAGAUCGAAAAACGUUCCUGAUUUGACAAUACCUGGAAUGGUUGCCGGUUGUUUACCAAUAGAAUCAUUGAUGCAUUCAACAUUGGAAUGUUUAUUUGAACCCUUAUGUUUAUAUAAAAUAGACGUCAUUUUUAACACCCCAUCCAUUUCAAUGAGUAAUUUCUCGAUUUUGAAAGAAGAUCUCUCAACAAAAUAUACAAAAGUUCAAAAAUUAACCAAGAAAUUAUUUGUCAAACAAUGGAUUAUUGAUAAAUCAUAUGAGAGAUAUUUCAAUUACUGUCGUCCGUUGUUUUGUCAAUAUACAGACGAGCAAAGAAAUAGUUUUGUUCAUAUUUUCACAAAAACUGUUAGUUUAUUCGGUGGAUUGAAAUUAUUUCUUCCAUUGAUCGUAUUACAUCUUGUCACAUAUAUUCGAAACAAACAGCAGCAACGCCAUUCGAACGAUACUGACAACAAUGUUGCUGGAAUAUCAAUAGGAAUCCGUUUAUCUGCAUUGCUACAAACGAUGAAGCAGCUUAUUACGACAAUAAAUAUAUUCAACAGUUAUUCAGCAGAUGAACAUAGACAAAAAGGUGAAAUUUUAUCAACAAGAAUUUAUGUAUUUGUAUUAAUCACAAUCGUGAUUGUUUUGACAUUUUAUAUAUCAUCUGAAAAAGAAAUGAAAACACAACGUGUUGAGUAUCCGACACGAACUCAGUUUGAAGAAUUGCAAAACAAUUCCUUUCAACAUCUUGGAUGUCCUUGUACACAAAUCUCAACAAAGUACUCUGAAUUUGUUCAAUUUCGUCCAACGUAUCAUCAGAUAUGUUCAAGUGUGUUCGUUUCACCGUUAUGGAUGAAUUGGAGAGGCAUCUGGCAAGAGAUGGAACCUUGUACCUACUCGGAUUUUUAUAACGAAGCAGGGAGUUUUUUUUUUCUUCUAUCAACAUAUUGUCAAUCAGCACAAGAAACAAUAUUCAAUGAAUUAGAGCAAUUUUAUGUCAUGGAAUAUACAACGUCUGGAGUCAUUCCAGGCAAAAAGUUUAAUGGCGAAAUCACAUCGUUUAUAGAAAAUUUCAAACUGAAAAUACAAAAAACAUUUAAAAUCAAAUUAAACAUCAUUCGAAAUGUUAUUUUCGAUAAUCAGUUCUUAUCUAAGUUGGAAUUGAAUGUUGAUCACUUUUUUGAAAUUGAUGAAACUGAACUCUUUGGAUUCAUUCCGAAGUCUUAUGAUAACUGCACAUGUGCAACUGAUUUAACAUGUCAUGGAACCAUGUUUUUCUGUCGUAAUAACAAUUUCACUUAUGUACCGAACCUUUCUAUUGGUUGUUAUAUAGUGGAUUCAUUGUUGUUAUCAACAACUACAUGCUUUUACGAUCAGAACUGUAUAAAUAUAAUCAAGAGUUUUAUGAACUCCGACACGGAACUCUAUAAAAAGUUACAUCCAUUGAUAUUUCAUGAAGAAAGUCAAUAUCCCACUGAUAUGACCAUAGAAAUGUUGGUUGAUAAUCUAUUUAUUGAAAAAUGGAAUGAUUCUUAUGAUUAUGAUAAUUAUUAUAAUUCUUGUAAACCAUCAUUUUGCUCUUAUAAAAUCGAACAACAAUCUGGUAUUAUAUAUAUACUAGCAAAAUUAGUUAGUAUAUAUAGUGGAUUGACAAUUAUUUUACGAUUUUUAAUACCAAAUAUUGUUCGUUUAAUUAGAAGAAAAGGAGAAGAGUCAAGAGUGGAGUCAUUAUUCAAUCGAUUGCAUCUUCUUUUCCAAUCGUGUAAAAACGAAUUAGUCCAAUGGAAUUUAUUUCCAAAUCAAACAGCCGCUCGUAAUUCAUUACAAAAACAAAUCUUAAGCACAUGGACGUAUUUAAUCACUUUCACCAUUAUCUUAUCUAUUUGUAUUUUAUACACAUCUCUGAAAAACAAUCUGAUCAAUGUGAAACUCUCAUUAACAAAUUUAAAACAAUAUGAACAACUAUACGUUCGAUAUCCAGAUACUUUGAAUUGCCCAUGUAAUGAAAUCUCAAUAAAAUAUAGAGAACUUGUUGAAUUGAUACCGUCCUAUCAUGAAGUCUGUUCAUCGGUUUUUGUUAGUGACGAAUGGAUUCGUUAUUUAUAUAUUGUUGAUGUCGCAAAUUAUCAGGAUUUUAGUGGAAUGGUGUCGUUUCAGUUUAAAUUGCUUAAGUCAUUAUGUCGAUUAUUACAAGAAACAGUUAGUUCGAGUUUGAUGCAAUUUUAUUCAACAUCAUGGGUUAACAAUCAAUUAAUUUCAAGAGAUUCAUUCCGAAAGCGAGUUGACAACACCGUAGAGAUAUUCCAAAAAUCAACAAAAGAAACAUUUAAACAAGUUUUUCGUAUGACUCGUGAAAUUCUUCAUGGAAAUGCUAUUUUAACAACUUAUCACUCAAACUGGGGAUAUAUUGUUUUCAGCGAAAAUCCCGAGGAAAUAUAUUAUUUAAUACCAAUGAAAUACAAUAAUGAUUCAUGUACAUGUGCAACUUCGUUACAGUGUGUAGAACCGUCUACACUUGUUAGCAUACCUGUCGAUGGUUUCUUUUUUGGCUGUUAUCCGGUUGAAGCUAUGCUACACUCUUCACUAGAAUGUUUAUAUAAUAAAAUAUGUGUGGAUUUAAUUCUAUCAGUUAUUCCCCAGACUUCCAUAGAGAUCACAAUAGACGUUUUACAAUCGAAACCUAAAUAUGGUAUCAAUGAAACUGUUCAACGUAUGAUUGACCGAUUAUUUGUUGAUGAUUGGAGUAUCAAUCGUUUUUAUGAAAAUUAUUCUGACAAAUGUCACCCAACGGAAUGUACCUAUUCAUUUGUACAAAAUUUUGAUAUACUCCAUAUUGUAACAACUAUUCUUGACCUUUAUGGAUGUCUAACAAUACUUUUAAGUCUCUUCAUUCCAUUUAUCAUUGAUAUUAUCUUUCGAAUGCAUUACAAAAGAAUAGAAAUGGUUAUUACACCAGAUACACAAUUACAAGAUUAA